GUCGAGGAGUCAAUCUGAAGUUCAGUAGUACGCAGCGCGUGGUGGUGGUAAUCGAACGGAAAUCCUCGCGCCGUUCGCAGCUUAGUGGCAUUUCUUGCUAUGCGAGGAUAACUCGAGGAUUUCGCUAGGCGCAAAGAACAUGUCGAAGAAGGUGGACGGCGAGUUUAAGGGCUUGCAGCCUGCCAUCCAGCAGAAUCCGAAUUACACAUUGCGCGUGAUAUCCUGUGUAUUGUUCAUCUUCCUCACAGAGAUUUGUCUCGCGCACUACGUCUACCGACUGAUAAACGCGGAAAUUCGGGAAAAUUAUGUGCCCAAAUCCGAUGUGGACAGGUACGUCUCGUUGAGCAUUAGAACGGGCUUCGGGACCAAGGAAGAAGUGAUACGGGUUGUUAAGGAUGUCCUGCGGUACGACGGAAACGUUAAUUCCAGCAGGACGAAAAGAAACACCAAUAAAUUAAACAUGAGGGACGAGGCCGUCGUCGAUUUCUUUCCACCCAACAUGAAGUCCAAGUUGCAGGCCAUCGAUGAGAUUGAGCGGCAGAAGACCGGCAAAGGGACUGCCCCAGGUGGAGACAACUGGGUCUGGCUUACCGAUUAUUGUCGGGUCACGAUGGCUUCGAUUCAAGGUUACUGCAUAGCAGCUGCAAAAUAUUGUCCACCGAGUCCUCCGGGUCCGAAGGGUCCAAUAGGACCUAAGGGAGAGCGCGGCGAAACUGGAUUCCCGGGAACUCCUGGUCCGAUGGGUCCUAGAGGUCACACCGGGCAUCCGGGAGAGAAAGGUACACAGGGAAGACCUGGAUUGGAUGGAAGGGACGGAGUGCCGGGCGAGCCAGGAUUCGACGGAAUGCCAGGAAGAAACGGUCACGACGGCAUCUCCGGCAAAGAUGGAAUGCCGGGAACCGCAGGCCGUGACGGCAGGAACGGAACCGACGGACGGCCCGGAUUGACGGGACCGCAAGGACCUCCUGGCCCUCAAGGACCUAAAGGUAUUCCCGGUCCGAGAGGUAGAGGAGGGAAGCCAGGAAAUCAUGGAACGCCUGGAAUUCCUGGAAUAAACGCCUGGAAGACCAAGGUGAAUGGAAGCGUGGAACUCCUCAUCCCUCCAUCAAUCGCCGGUAAUCAGAACGGACUGCCCUUUGGUCCAUCUGUAAUCACCGAAGGAGAUAAUGUUACACUGCACUGUGCGGCUAAUGGAGUUCCAAAGCCCAAAGUCUCUUGGCUUCGACCGAACGGCCAGUUCAUUCAAAUGGGUCCCUGGCAAGCGGCGACGGUGUCUGGAUAUUCGUUAAAUAUAACGUUCGUAAGCAGAGUUCAUAUGGGCAUAUACCAAUGCAUCGCAGAUAAUGGUAUUCCACCUCAGGUUAAUCAGUCCUUUAUCAUAGAAGUACAUUUUAUACCGUUAAUAAGAAUUCGCAGGGACCGAAUCGGAGCCUCGAAUGGAUCGACGGCUGUUUUGGAAUGUGAAGUAGAGGCUUUCCCCGAUGCUCUUAGGUAUUGGGAAAGAUCGGAUGGGCAUCUUUUGGAAAAUGGGAAUAAAUAUCGUAUAGAUAAUAGGAUAGGAAGAACCGGGUACACGGUGCACAUGCAGAUGAACAUAUCCCAUUUGAAUUACUACGAUUUCACUGAAUAUUAUUGCGUGGCGAAAAACGAGCGCGGUAUAACCAGAGGGCAUUUCGUUAUCUUCGAGGUGGAUCCAAGGUUGGUGACACCUCCACCGAUGGUGGAUUCUGGAAUGAUAGAGAUUGGACAAAAACCGCCUCCGAGAUUAAGGCACGAGGACAUAUGUCCGCCGGUGACCUGCACGGAAUGUUUAGAGCCGAAGGGCUUAAAAUGCACCAAUUCAGGAGUGUCGAUAAUCGAUUUGAUCGAGAAGUGGGAGAUCCGACAAUUCAGCAAUAUUUCGUAUUCUGGUUUUCCCAACCGCACGACAGAUUGCGUGCUGUACGCGGUCGGUAAACCCGUUUAUCACCGCUACACAAAUCAAACUAAUGGAAGUUGGAUGCGAGACCCCUGCGAUAAGGGCGGCGAUAAGUUUUAUGCCACCAAAGAGGACGAUGCCGAUCACUUGUACAGAUACGAUAACAAGGCGAUGUUCCGGAAAGACCUGCAUUCAUGGAGGUACAACCUGAGUUAUCCCAUCAAAGGAAACGCGCACGUCGUCUUCAACGGUUCAUUUUUCUACAAUUCUCGUGAUCCAUCAAAGAUUCUCAAAUUCCAUUUGCAUAAUGAGAGCACCGCUGGUCUCCACAUUCCUCAUUUCAAAACCAACAAAUCAAACUACCUCUACACGACGGAAAACAAUUACAUGGAUUUCACUGUGGACGAGAAUGGCCUCUGGGUUAUAUUCGGAGUUCCGGAGACUAAUAAUACCGCAGUCAUGAAAGUGGAUCCGAACACUUUCCAAUAUCAAUAUAUAUGGAACAUCAGCCUGAAUCAUCAUAAGGUCGGAGAGAUGUUCAUAGUGUGCGGAGUCCUGUACGCCAUCGACAGUGUGACCGAUCGGGAUUCGAGAAUUCGAUUCGCGCUUGAUUUGUAUACAAACAAUUUGCUGCAUGUCGAUUUACCAUUCACUAAUCCCUUUAGGAAUACAACGAUGGUGGGAUACAAUCCGAAAAAUAAAGAGCUGUACACUUGGGACAGAGGCAAUCAAUUAACGUAUCCAGUUAGGUACAAUGAGAUCGGAUAUGGGCACAAAGAUGAGGCGGAUCCGCACGUUCCCGAGGCUGCAAUGCAAACAGGCUUGGAGAUCUUCCACAGCGACGAGUAAUGAUGGAACAGGCGGACGGAGAUGAAGAGAGAGAUUUAAAACGAAUGAGAACGAUUAUGAUCACUUUUCUUUUAACCCAUUUAACCGGCUUAUUUCAUAAGAUAAUUAUGUGAGUGUGCGCGCGUGUUUCUCGGUGUUGUAAAAUAACAUGAAUCGAUAUUGUAGCGAGAUAUUAUUGUUGUCCCUCUUUUGCGAGUGUAUUUAUUAAUA